AUGGCAAAAGAAGAAAAUAAAGUUGAAUUCAUUACAGCAGUUUACAAAACAUAUCUGCACUGCCCAAAAUGUGCACACGACAUUCAAAAACCUCUCUUGAGAAUCCCAGGAAUUCAUAGGGUUGAUGCCAAAUUUGAAAAGGGUGAGAUCACAGUAAAAGGUGCCAUUGAUGCCAAGAAAAUUCAUGCGAGAUUGCAGAAAUGGAGUAAUAAAAAAGUUGAGUUAAUUUCUGAGACCAAGUCCAAUGAAGAAGUUAAAAAGGAAAAAAUAAGAACAAUUACUAUCAAGGCUUACUUGCAUUGUGAUCAAUGCGAAAAGGAGGCGUGUCGGAGGCUGCUGUUGCACAGAGGUAUACACAAUGUGAAAACGGAUAUAAAAUUGCAAACGAUAACGGUUGAAGGAGUGAUCGAGUCGGAAAAACUAGUGGCGUAUAUGCGAGAAAGGGUUCACAAAUAUGGGGAAAAAGUUGUGGAGUUUAAGGAAGUUGUUAAGGAAGUUGAGGUCAGAGCUGAAGUUCCAUACUUCAUACAUUAUGUAUAUGCACCUCAAAUGUCUAGUGAUGAAAAUCCCAAUGCUUGUUCCAUUUCCUAA